AGGGAGCUCGUUUUAAGGGGUGUUUACGUGACAUAAAACAUAUUCUGUAAUAUAAGGCCGUUAAACUACAAAUUUAGGAAAAAUAUGCCUUAAUGUAUUUCAUACCUGAGGCCAGCAUUAGGGAGACGACUUCUCGUCCGUACGUCAUCCAGAUGAGGAAUGCUGGAAGUAUGACACCCAUGUAUAGAAGAGAUGCUGGAGUCUGGCACCAAACAAGAAGUCUUCUCUACAAGAAUCUGCUCAUCAAAUGGAGAACCAAGCAACAGAGUCUUCAGGAACUGAUCCUACCUCUGCUACUGUUGGGUCUCCUGAUACUCAUCAGCACCCUGAAUCCUCACGUUUACUAUGGAGGCAUCAACACCGUGGAGCUGGAGCGUGACGACCACUUCCUAAAGGGCCUGGGCUACACGCCGAUCAAUAACAUCACCAACCACAUCAUGGAAGAGGUGGCCCAGGAGAUGCACAUGCAGGAUCGUCUGGAGAUGUUUGCCAGUGAGGAGGACCUGGAGAACGCCAGCCUGUAUGAGCCCUCCAGCUAUGUCGGCGUUGUGUUCAUGGACAGCUCUGCCACUUCUUACAGGAUACGCUUCCCGUACAGCCAGCUGCCCUUACCCAGCGAUUACACAGAAUCUAUUGCCAACUGUUAUACCAGCUCCUUGAACUGCAGAGCAGCUAACUACUGGUACUCUGGCUUCAUCCGCCUCCAGUCUCUGAUCGAUGCAGCCAUCAUCCAGAUGCAAACAAAGCGUUCAGUGUGGAGUGAGAUGGACCUGCAGGUGGUGAUGAUGGGUCAGCCAGGCUCCGUGGAGGUGCAGAAAUUCCCCCACGCCCUCAUCUCCAUCUACCUGGUCCUGGCCUUCACACCCUUCGUCACCUUCCUCAUCGUCAAUGUGGCAGCUGAGAAGGAACAUCGCCUCAAGGACACCAUGACCAUGAUGGGGCUCUACGACACCUCGUUCUGGUUGUCAUGGGGCCUCCUGUAUGCUGCUCUGGUGACCACCAUGUCCUUCCUGAUGUCCAUCAUCGCUACGUACACGGCGCUCUUCCCUAACAGUGACUUCCUUGUUGUCUUCUUCCUCAUCUUCCUCUACGGAAUAUCAUCGAUCUUUUUCUCCUUCAUGCUGACUCCCUUAUUUAAGAAGCCCAAGUUUGCCAGCACAGUGGGCUCCAUGCUGACGGUGGUGUUUGGCUGCCUGUCUCUGUUCACCGUGCUGAUGAAGGACUUCCCUCAGCCUCUGGUCUGGCUUCUCUGCCUGCUCUCCCCCAGCGCCUUCUCAAUCGGGAUCGCACAGGUGGUUUACCUGGAGGCCCAGGGAGAUGGUGCUGUGUUUUCCUCGCUGGCCAACGGCCCUCAUCCUCUUUACGUGCCCCUGCUCAUGCUGGUUGUGGACUGCUUCCUCUACCUUCUGUUGGCUAUCUACCUGGACCAGGUACUGCCGGGUGAGUUUGGAAUGAAGAGGUCCUUGGUGUACUUCCUGAAGCCAUCCUAUUGGUCCAAACGCAGAAAGCGCUACGUUGAAGUGAGCUCGGUGUACGACACGGAUGUGAAAGGAGCUCCUGGUGUCGACGAGUCUGUCGAGCCCGUUUCCCCUGAGUUCAGAGGGAAAGAGGCCAUCCGCAUCAACAACAUCCACAAAGUGUACAAAGAGAAGGACAACGUGGUGGAGGCGCUGAGAGGUUUGACGUUUGACAUCUAUGAGGGCCAGAUCACGGCUCUGCUGGGACACAGCGGAGCCGGAAAGUCCACUCUCAUGAACAUCCUGUGUGGCAUCUGCCCGCCCACUAGCGGCUCGGCCACCAUCUACGGCACCCCCGUAGCAGAGAUCGCUGAGGGGUCGGACAUGAAGCAGCUGGUGGGAAUCUGCCCCCAGUUCAACAUCAUCUUUGAUGUGCUCACUGUGGAGGAGCACCUGAGGAUAUUUGCUGCCAUCAAAGGGAUCGCACCCUCGGACAUCGACGCUGAGGUAUCCAAAGUCCUGAAGGAUCUGGACUUGGAGAAGAUUAAGACUGCUCAGGCCAAGAAUCUGAGUGGAGGCCAAAAGAGGAAACUCUCUGUGGGCAUCGCCAUUCUGGGAGAUCCAAAGAUCCUGCUCUUGGACGAGCCCACAGCAGGCAUGGACCCCUGCUCCAGGCACCAGGUCUGGUCCCUGCUGAAGAGCCGCAGGGCCGGCAGGGUCACUGUCCUCAGCACACACUACAUGGACGAGGCUGACAUUCUUGCUGAUCGCAAAGCUGUGAUCUCUCAAGGACAGCUGAAAUGUGUCGGCUCUUCUCUGUAUCUCAAGAUCAAGUGUGGUGUGGGAUAUCAUCUCAGAAUGUCAAUCAAUGAAGGAUGUGAAGCUGAAAAGAUCUCGUCACUUGUCAACCACCAUGUUCCCAAAGCAAUGUUAUCUCGACAACAAGAGGCAGAGUUGACAUUCACGCUGCCUUUUGAGAGCAUGGACACAUUUUCAGGCUUGUUCUCGGAGCUCGACUGUCAACCCAAUCUGGGAAUUAUCAACUAUGGGGUUUCCAUGACAACACUGGAGGAUGUUUUUCUUCGCUUGGAGGCUGAGGCUGAAGUGGACCAAGCUGACUACAGUGUGUUCAACCGGGAGCAGGUGGAGGACGACUGUGACACCACCUCUGUGGACGACACAGACCAGCGGCUGCUGACGUUCUCGGACAGCAAGUCAGACGUGGUGUCGGGUCACGCUCUGUGGCGGCAGCAGUUCAGCGCCGUGGCCUGGCUGCACAUGCUCAACAUGCGCAGGGAGAGGAAGGCCUUCAUUUACACUCUGGCCUUGUUCCUGGUGUUUGUUGCCGCAGUGCUCGUCCUAUCUCUGGCCACAGGAAACAUCCGGAUCCACUCCCCAGACCGUCAGUUUCUGCCCAUUUACCUCCUCAAAAGAAACCAGGCACAGCGGAGAUAUGCCACCAGCCUCCUGGUUCAGAACUCCUCAGACUCUGAUAUUUCUGACUUCAUUCACAACCUUCAGUCUCAGGACAUCAAAGUGGAUAUGAUGAAACACAGCGACUACAUGGCUGCAGCUCCACACAGCGCUGCCAUCAACGUAACAGGAUCCAGCAAGGGUUUCAAAUACAGUGUUGCGUUCAACAGCACCACGGUUCACUCCUUGCCUAUGACUGUCAAUAUACUAAGCAACGCUCUUCUAAGAGGACUGAAUGGUACUGGACAGAUCAGAACCUGGACCAAACCAUUUGAUUAUCAAAUCCCAGAUGCUACGUCCUACGCUCUGGUGUACAUAGAGGCCAUCAUACUGGGAAUGCUGGCAGCCGGAAUGCCUGCGUAUUUUGCAAUGGACCACACUCGAGACCGAGAGAUCAAGUGUCGCUCAACGCUACGUAUCUCUGGUCUGGUGCCGUCAGCCUACUGGUGCGGACAGGCCGCUGUGGACAUCCCCUUCUACUACCUCAUCCUCUCCUGCAUGACCAUCAUCCUCUUCUCCUUCCACACUGGAAGCCUGCUCACCUCCAGCAACCUCACCUCUGUGGUCCUGUGUACUGUCGGCUUUGGUCCAGCCAUGAUCCUCUUCAAUUACGUGUUUUCUUUUGGCUUCGCUCGGGUCCAGAGCAACAGGGAUUUCUUCUCUGUCAUCUCCAUGAUGGUGUGUGUGGUGUCGGCCUCGCUGGUUCAGUUGUCAUUUGUGAACGACAACCCCGAACUGACCAGAAAUCUGCACAACCUCUUGUGUUUCUUCAACCCUCUGUAUCCUCUCAUGGGCUGCCUUAACUGUAUCACCAAGGCAACCUUCCUCCCCUCUCUGUAUGAGGAGAACUUCUUGUGGAAGAACCUUCUCAUUGCUAUUAUAGCUCCGUAUCUCCAGUGCAUCCUGCUGCUUUUCCUGCUUCGUUGGCUUGAGAUCCGUUACGGAGGGAGGACAAUCGACAGGAUGUCGUCCAAGUCAAAGCCCAAAGUUGAGAAAAACCCUGAGGAAGGGCUGAACGAGGAUGAGGAUGUUCAGAUGGAGAAGGCCAGAGUGAAGGAGGCCCUCACCUGCCAGUCCUGUGAAGAGAAACCAGCCGUGGUUGUGAGUAACCUGAGGAAGCAGUACAAAGGUAGAAGAGAAGGUUUCUCUCUGAACAAGUCGAGGAAAGUGGCCGCAAAGAACAUCAAUUUCUGUGUUCGCAAAGGUGAAGUUCUUGGACUGUUGGGCCCAAACGGAGCAGGAAAGAGCACCAUCAUGCACAUGUUGUCAGGUGACACUGACCCGACCGCCGGCCAGAUCCUGAUGGGUGACUACAGCACAGAGUUCCGUCCGGUGGACAAUCCUCUGGAGCAUGUGGGCUACUGUCCUCAGGUGAACCCUCUGUGGCCCCGGAUCACUCUGAGGGAGCACCUGGAGAUCUACGCUGCCAUCAAGGGCCUGAAAGGGCAGGACGUACCAGGCAUCAUCAAACGUGUGGUGAACGCUCUGGAGCUGAAGGACCAUUUACACAAACAAACCAAGACCCUGUCAGCUGGACUCAAGAGGAAGUUGUGCUUUGCCUUGAGUAUGAUUGGGAAUCCUCAGAUCGUCUUACUGGAUGAGCCGUCUUCAGGGAUGGACCCCAAGUCUAAACAGCGCAUGUGGAGAGCCAUACGUGCUGCUUUCAAGAACCGUCAGCGUGGAGCCGUCCUCACCACGCACUACAUGGAGGAGGCCGAGGCCGUGUGCGACCGCGUGGCCAUCUUGGUGUCCGGCCAGCUGAGAUGUAUCGGCUCCAUCCAACACUUAAAAGGGAAAUACGGACGAGGUUACAUUUUGGAGGUGAAACUCAGAGAGGAGCUGACGGGGCUCCAGCAGGUGGCGCUGCUGCACAAGGAGAUCCUCCGAAUCUUUCCACACGCCGCCCGGCAAGAGAGCUUUGCUACUCUGAUGGUUUACAAGAUCCCCAUGGAGGAUGUGAAAUCACUGUCCAAGUCUUUCUCUCAGUUAGAGAGAGCCAAACAAACCUUCAACUUUGAAGAGUACAACUUCUCCCAGUCGACCUUGGAGCAGGUGUUCAUGGAGUUCGCCAAGGAGCAGGAGAAGGAGGAGGACGAGGUCGGCUCCCUCAGCACCACCUUCCAGUGGCAGCGUCUGCGCCAGGACGGCUCCGCCCCCGUCAACCACACAGACAGCGUCGUGCACCAGCUGUGAACUCCACCUGAGACGGGAGCAGGCUGGCGACCGACCAGGACUGAUUGAAGAAAAAAAAAACCCGACCUGCCAGGCCUCGAGCACCCGAGGGCUCACGCCAGCACUCGCCCAGUGCUCCACGCUAAACCAACGCCCACCGCCCUUUAAAUGAACGGCACCCGUGUGAGGGAGGGGGCUCACAUACACGGGUCAGACUGUGUGUGUGUGUGUGUGUGUGUGUGUGUGUGUGUGUGUGUGUGUGUUUGUGUGUGUGUGUGUUUGGGCUCAGGGCUCCUGUUUUAACCCCUCGUCCACUGGUGCUCUGUGUUUUCUGAACCGCACUGACAAAGGGGGCCUGGGGUCUUUCUCCACACGCUGACGGGACACCUCCUCUUUCUAACGGGUUUUUUUUUUUUUAAAUCUUCACAGGGAGUCAGCAAAAGGGGGAAAAAAAUCUAUAAAUAAUAUAUAAUAUUUAUGCUUCGUUUCUCCUCAGAGGGAGGCGUUACAGUAAGUGUGUUUGCUCGUCUGUUGUGUUUGUGAAACUAUUAUUAUUAUUUUUUUUACCAGAACUGGGAUCCAUCCACGAUCGUACCAAAGCAGCACAUCUCUGAAACACACACCACCACACCUCCUCACACGCAAACUGAGAUGUCCUUUUUUGUUUUUUUUGGUGUCCGUAGCAUGUGCAUAAAUAGUUUGCAUUGUAGUUCUAUUACAUAUGUGGAGCAGUGGGAAGUAGAACACUAGAGGAGAGAUGCUACAGCUCUCCACAGUCUUUAGACUUUUACAAAGCUCCCUACUUAACUAACACGUUGUUUUUCCUCUGAGGUUGAAGACCUCGUUUCACACCAGCAUGCACAUCUUAACGUCCAGACCCAUGUUUACAUUCUUCAGGACUGAGUGUUUCAGCAUGCACGCUCACGACGAGGUUGAAUAUUUAGAAAUGUGGCAGAAGGAUGUCGGGUUGAGGGGGUUUGAUGAUCGUUGCCCUGUGGCCUUCCUCUCUGCAGGUUUAGCUUUGAACUAGAACCCAUAGCUUUGUGGAUCGUAGUGUAGGGAAUACGCACUACCAGUACAUGUAGCACACUGCCCUCGUCAGACGUUAGCCGGGGCCGAUGACCUCAAACACGGAGAGGCGGAGCUUCGAGGUUGUGUGUGUGUGUGUUUUUGAAGUCGUCAGGUUUGCUGAAGACUUUUGAUAACGGAUCAUGAAUGUACGUUUGUCCUCCGCUGAGAGGAGGGUUUGUAACUGAGCAGUGACCGCUCGUCACUCUGUUUCACUUUGGUGCCACUUUUAAUCACGCAGCUGUGUUUUGUUAACUCUAAGCCUAUUUGAUGUGUGUGUGUGUGUGUUGUGUUGUGUAUAUACUGUGAGAAGCUGCAGCUAUAUAUCCGCAUAAUCUUGUUUUUGUGCAAGCAGGUGCGUUGUUGGUGCAAUACCUAUCAGCAAACCGAUAAAUUGUAAUUUUUCCAUGACAUUCAGGUGAGAGGACGAUACACUAAAAGGGAAUUUAAGACACUUUGAUGAACAGACUUGAUAAAUGUGUGAUUUGUUGGGUUUUGUUAAUGAUCAGGAAUGGACCUGGGAGGGUGAUAUUUGUGCUAACUGAGCAGCUUCCUCAGUAGAUCUUCUGCCUGACGACCAAACCAACAACUGUAACAGUUUUACUGAGUACAAGGAGGUGGACAAAAUAAAGAGAAACUGUUUUUUAAUGCGGCAACAAACAAACUCUGGCUUCAAAACUCAACGUUUUAAGCUUCACAGAGGAAGGAGUUUGUUGCAGGGUGAUUGUGUUGGAUUUAAUUAAACUUAAACUGCCAGGUAUGUUUGUUUUGUCCACCUCUAUAAAACAAACAAAUCUAUAUUCUGUUUUCUUUGGGAUGGGAGUAGUUGGUCUCCUUGUCAUAGAACAGCCGUGAAGCAGAAGCUGACAGUUUCUAUAAAGAGGUUUUUGAUAUGAAUUAAAGAUGCUUAUUUGAAUAAAUGAUUAUAACGUUGAUAGAUUUUCUGAGCCGAGCGUCGUCACGCGUCUGACUCUCAGACUCGUGGCUCCGAUGCUUUGUGGUGGUGGGUUUUUACACGAGGUGUCUGGGGUGAAGUACUUUCAUGUGUGUUAUCCGUCACAGAUUUUAUUUGCUGUUUUUACCUGCUUUGUCGUCAUUAACUGAAGAUGAGUAAGAGCUGAUUCAUGAAGUGCCCGUUAUUCUUUGGAAGGAUUUUUGUGAGUCUGAAGCCGAUUGACUUUCCAAACAUGUACUUCAAACAUUAGAGCACACGACAUGCAAUAAAGAUUCAAAUACUCUUAACUGGAGAAGUUCAUGCCUGAGGUUCAUGCACCGUCAGGCAAAUAAUGUCCUUUUAAAUGUGAUAACUUUAUUUAAAUGCUGUUGUCAUUUUGUUUUGCACACAUGUUCCUGUUUGAGGCGAGGAUGGAUGUCACAUAUACACGUAUAUGUAUAUUUCAUUUUUGCUUUCCCACGUGCCAUGUUGGGUAUUUGUUCAUAUAAGAAAACAUAAUUUGACCUUGGUCCUACGGCAACAUUUGUGUGUAUUGUUUGUUUCAGUCAGUCGGUUUCAGUAUCAUGUAGCCGCCCAAAUAACAUCAGCUUUUUUUUGCAUCGCUGCUUCCAGAACAAGAAGCGUCACAUCUAGUUGGGAGUAUUCCACGUGAAGAAAAGCAAACACUCCUCUGGCUCUCUGUGGAAAAGUCGAGUGUUUAGGCAACUGGCAAUGAACGUGGAGCGGGUUUCAUUUUGUUUUCCUGGUGGUGGUAAAAAAAUGACACUAUUUCUGGGAAAUUUUAUAACCUUUUGUUUAUAUUAUGCAAUCUUUGUAAGAUUAUCUGUGCACUGAUUUUAUUUUUUAAAGACUGUGGUUUAGCUGUGUGCUGUAUUUUUCCUGCCGUAUCACCCCAUGUCUGGAUGGACACUAAUGAACUCUGUGGUCUCUACAUGACCUUUUCAUGAAUAAAUGUUAACCCAAAAUAUUAUUUUUGUCUUUUUUUUUUUAAUGGAUGGAUCAGAAUGCACGAUACUGAGUUUACUAGC